AUGGAAGCUACAAAUACUAAAGCUUUCAGUUUGGCUCGAGAAGAUAAUGGAUUCGAUAAAUUGUCGUGGUCAGUAAUUGAAAAAGUUUUUAGAACACAUUUUGGUAAAGGAGGAUAUGAGAUAACAGUAUGUACAGUAGCUCAACAUGCCAAAGUUGGGAUCACUUUGAUUACGACUGCAUUGGUUUAUUUCGGUAAUGGACGCGAAAAAGUGAUACCGAUAAACUUACUGGAGAAACUUGUUCCAAAGAAUGAGAAUGACUUCCAAGCAAGCCACAAGUAUAGAGCACGGUGGAAUGGCAAAAAGGAUAAAGACGGCUAUUUAUUUAACGUGUAUAUAUACUCCUGCUUGGUUAGCACUAAGAGAAAAGUUGAGGCUGAGAAGUUCGAAGCGCAACAACGACAAAAUAAUAAAAUUUUGAAAAGACACGAUGCACUCAUGGAAAACCGAACUCGACUUGAUUCUGUAUCAUCGGUAUUGUCAGAAGGCGAAGAGAGGGAUGUACUUGAGAAUAAUCAUUGCAAUAAAAGCAAAGAGACUUCAGAUAUAGUUGAAAGACAGGACAAUUCUUCAAGUGAAGAAAACCAUGAGAGUCCAGUUUUAGAACAAGAACAGGAGAAUAAUUCAGAUCAAGAAAACCUUGGCGAGUACUCCCGUCAACUAUCAAAUCAUCCAUAUCCUAUCUUAAUACUGGAAAAGUAAAAAAAAGAUGCAAAAAUAUCUUUUAGGACUGCUGAUA